AUGAAUUAAAAAAGAUAGCACCAGGAAUUUAUUGAAAAAUUACCUUGGGAUGAUUAUAUGCAUCAUAUUCCUAUUGUUGGAGCUAGUUUAACUAUUAUAUCAAUGAUAUUUGAGUAUAACAUAGUAGUGGUUACAAAUUUGUUGACAUCUGGAUUAUGGAUUUACUAUUUAGAGAGAUCAAAAAGAGAUAUGUUGAAAUAUUAUAAAUCUGAGAUGCAGGAUAUUGUGGGUAAAAUAAUGGAAACUGAGCCUAGAGUUUAAGUGGAGAUCAAAAAGUUCAAUUCCAUUUAAAGAAAUACCUAAGCAUAUUUCUAACUUUUUAUUUUUACUUUCAUCUUUUAGAUUUUAGCAUUAUACAUAGCCUAUUCAGGAGUCUUAACUUAUAAAAAUCCCCUGGAUUUAGCAUGUUAUUCAUUGCUUUGUUUAUUCAUAUUUUUAUCGAAUCGACACUUUGAAAGUAGAUACCAAUCAGAAUACAAUAGAGAGUUGAUGCUUUAGAUAAGAGUGUUAUAGGGAGGAUUGAUAGUGUUAUCAAUUGUGAUGUCAAGAUAUGCAAUUCAAAAAAUGGAUGAUUUUUACAAUUAAUUUGUAGCCUUUGGACUAUUGCUAUGUUCAGCUCUAUUUAGUUCUUACACCUUCCAUCGAUAUGGUAAGACGAGCAAAAAAUCAUUUACUUUACUUUUGGUAGGGGCAGUGUUUCUUUUUCUUAGUGAUGCUUUGAACAUUGUCUUGAAAGUGCAGAGGAAGGAAUUGUUUGAAUUGACAGCUAGUGCAAAUGUAUUGUACCACGUCGGUUACUAUUUUUUGGUGUGGAGCCUCUUUCUUCAUGCAAAAGCAUAUAAUGAUCAUUUUUUAUUAUUACUGAGAAUGAAGAUGAAUAUUUGA